UUGGAGCACGUACUGGUUGGUCACAAAAAACAUUCAUGAAGUUUGGUUCUUUUAUGAAUUUAUUAUGGGUCUACUGAAAAUGUGCUUGGUCAAAAGUAUACAUACAGCAAUGUUAAUAUUUGGUUACAUGUCCCUGGGCAAGUUUCACUGCAAUAAGGUGCUUUUGGUAGCCAUCCACAAGCUUCUGCUUGAAUUUUAGACCUCUCCUCUUGACAAAAUUGGUGCAGUUCAGCUAAAUGUGUUGUUUUUCUGACAUUGACUUGUUUCUUCAGCUUUGUCCACACAUUUAAGUCAGGACUUUGGGAAAGCCAUUCUAAAACCUUAAUUCGAGCCUGAUUUAGCCAUUCCUUUACCACUUUUAACGUGUGUUUGGGGUCAUUGUCCUGUUUGAACACCUAACUCCGCCCAAGACCCAUGAUUUUAGGUUGUCCUGAAGAAUUUGGAGGUAAUCCUCUUUUUUCAUUGUCCCAUUUACUCUCUGUAAAGCACCAGUUCCAUUGGCAGCAAAAGCACAUUAAGCAUGGUAGUGGUAUUAUUAUUCUUUGUACAAUACAAUACAAAUGUAUUCAGAUAUAAACAUUCAUUUUAGUUUUAAUGCCAUGAUUUUAAUAGUUUGGCCUGCGUGUGCACAGAUUUUCCUCCAUGCAGCCCCUGAGCUAAAAUGAGUUUGACACCCCUGCGUUAGCGCCUGUAAUAACAAUAUCACUAAUACAUGUUAAUAUUCAGGACACGACAUGUAAAUGGAGGGUUGUUGAUGCUUUUUGGAUGUAUUUUUAGAGGGCUUUAUGGGCAGAUUAGUGUACUCUCAUUAGCUGUAUUGUUAGCCACCUCAUACUUGCCGUGUUUUAUGAAUUAGAAUGCAUACAAUAAGAAGCAUAAGGAUUGUGAAUGAGAGGCAAAAUUCCCCCAAAAACGUGCAGUUGCCCUUUAAUAGAACUAAGCCUUUAUAGUUUUGUAAACGCUGGUGGGUGAGGCGAUUGUUAAGUUUGAUAGAUUACACAAAUGACUCGUUGUCCGCCCAACAUUCAAGCUGGCACACAUUUGCACGCACACAGUCCUGACAUGUCGCCCAAUGUUGGUCUGCUUCCCACAGAUGAGAAUUUCACUCUCAAACACGACCGCGCCUUCCUGUUGUCCAUGGCCAACCGUGGGAAAGACACCAACGGUUCACAGUUUUUCAUAAACUCUAGCAUCCUGCUCUUCCAAGCACCACAAAGAUGGCGCCUCAUCUCGACGGAGUCCACGUCGUCUUCGGUCUCGUCAUCUCCGGUUUUGAGGUGAUCAAAAAGAUCGAGGGGCUGAAGACUGACUCGGCGAGCCGACCGUACGCUGACGUGAGAGUGGUGGACUGUGGACAGCUGAUUACCAAGUCGGCUAAUGAUGUCCUCGAAGGCAAAAGGAUGAGAGCUUCUCAUUCUGCGGACUCCUCCCUCAAUUCCGUGGACACUUCAUCCCAAAGCUCCACCUCCGUGGAGUCUGACAGCUCGGAAAAGCCCCAAUGUCGUAAGAAUAAGAGACCUGGCAAAAGUAGGAGGCCCAAAAAGAGGAGGAGGCUGACAAAGAGGGAGAAUAAUGUUGAUGUUGAAUCUUCGAAACAAAGCUCACACAAGCCUUUAAAAGAAGAAAUGGGAGACGCCGAUGUGGAAGGAGAGAAAGACCAAGUUGGGAAGAGAGAAAAGCCCGUAGUUCGACCAGAGGAGAUCCCGCCUGUGCCUGAGAACCGCUUUCUGCUCCGACGGGAUGUUCCAGGCCAGGAGAGCAAAGCAGAGAUUGUUGAGAAACAAGAAGCUUCUCUCCCAGCGGAACAGAUGCCUGCGGUCUCCAAGUCUGGACGCAAGAUCAGAGGCAGAGGAACAAUCAGGUAUCACACUCCCACCAGGUCUAAAUCUUGGUCCGCUUCAGUGGAAGAGCGUGGCAGCAGUGAAACUCCGCCCCACUGGAAGGAGGAGAUGAUGCGGACUAAAGCCUAUCAACCUCCCAGUGUGGAGAGAUGGAGCAAAGGGGACCGAUGGGACGACCGAAGCGACUCUGCGUGGUCCAGGUCGUCUGAGCGCUCAUCCGACCGCAGCUCUGAGCGGUCCAGCCCACAGCGCCAACCUAAGAAGGAGAAGAAGAAAGGCAAACACAAAAAGAAGGCGAAAAAACAUAAACAUGGCAAGAAGAAGAGUUCCAAGAGCAAACCUCAAGAGGUUGUUACGUCAGAGGCGGAAAGGAGGCCAUCUUCAAGAAGGUCCAAAUCCAGAACCUCCCGCUCUCCAUCUCGUUCCUCUUCAAGUCAGCGUUACGCCAGACGUCAGUCCUCUGUGUCGCGAUCUUACUCCAGAUCCCGAAUAUCCAGUCGAUCCAGAUCACGGGCGAGGUCUUAUAUAAGAUCCAGAUCUUAUUCAAGAUCAAGGAGCCUGUCUCAGUCUAGAAGUCGUUCUCAGACUCGAUCUAGAUCACGUUCCUAUUCUCGAUCCAGGUCCAGAUCAAGGUCCAGACAUGGGUCCAGGUCAGUGAGUCCAAACAGGAGAAAGAGUUUAUCCAGAUCUCCAAGAAAGCGGAAAUCCAUCGAGUCCAAAGCAGACGCCACAGCAGGGAAGAUAUCAGAGGGUAAAGUCACAUCGUCAUCUCGACUCCCGACUGUACCGCCUUUAGAAAGUGUCCCUGUGAUCCCCAUGAGCGACAGUCCUCCCCCGUCUCGCUGGAAGCCAGGUCAAAAGCCCUGGAAGCCUUCCUACAUCCAUAUUCAUGAAAGCAAAGCCCAAAUAUCUUUACAGAAUAUUUCCUCCACGGAACAAACAGUUGAAGAGAAAGCCCCGAGUUCAGUUCUGGAAAAUCGUCUGACUGGUGACGCAGAAGUCGAUGGAGCACACAAACCCACACAGGACUCACCCAGCAGGUCCUCCAGAAGCAAGUCCCGCAGCCGUUCAUACAGUCGCUCUAGAAGCAGGAAUUCCAGCAAGUCCAGGUCCCAUCACAGCAGAUCUUCCACACCCAGCGAAUCAAACUUUAAACACUCACACAAGACGAGGAGCAGCAAGAAGAAAGCCACUGACAAGGAGUGGAAAAAGUAUUACAAUUCUCUGAAGAAGAUAAAGAAUAUAGACAAUUACUUUUCACUGUCCACCACUCAAGAAAGGGAAACAGGAACAGGCUGUGAGCCAAGUCCUGUUGACGUCUCCAAGGGAAUUAAUGAGCCGUGCAGUUCUCUGCAGGAACAGACAAAAAACAGCAGCUCAGGGCUGGAGGAGGACUUGAAUAACAGGUCUGGAUGGGACAGCGAUAGUGAUAAAGUCAGCCUCAGCAACACUGCUAAUCUAACCAAACAUCAGAACCAAGCAUUCAGUAGCAUAUCGGGCAAGAAGACUUCAGGCCUAACUGGGUGGAAUUCUGAUAGUGACCAAGAAACCAUAACCGCCAGGGCACUGGCUCUGUCUGAAAAAGAGGAAGGAGAAGCCAGCUCUGAAUCUGACUGUGAAACUUCCAAAAAGACCACUGAGGCCACGGCAGUUGAAGUUCCUGCAACUUCUCAUCCGUCAGACGUCUGUCCACAGGAAGCUGAACAUGAGAAGCACAAGAGCAAGAAGAAGUCCAAACGGAAGCACAAACAUAAGAGCAGAGAGACCAAGACUGCUUCCCAUCAUGCAAAGGACAAGAGCAAACGAUCCAAGAAGAAACGUCAGAAGCUCAAAGAGACUUUUCACUGGCAGCCGCCUUUAGAGUUUGGAGAGGAGGACGAUGAAGAGGAAUCAAAGCGAGAGAGACGCAGCCCGAUGACAGCUGCCAAUGAAGAAACCAAGGUGGACCUGAGGAGUGUUAAAGAGCCGCAUGUGACCUCUCUCAACAAGAACCCAAAUCGAGAAGAAAGCAGGGGGCAGCUGAGGGUGAAAGAACAGAACAAAAACUCCAAACUAUCUGAACCUCUUCAUCAGGCGUCCAACAGAAAUAGUUGUAACAAAGAGCAGCACUCUAUGGAGGACAUGGACAUUUGUACUCCUGAGCAUGAAACCGUCAUUGAAGCUUCAACUACACCUAAUUCCUUGAAUAAAACCCCUGAAAUAACCCUCAAAAACACUUCUCAUCUGCCUGCCAAAGCCAGUAAAGAAGCCCAACAUCAUCAGCUGCAAGGCCCAGAACAAUCUACCGUUACCGCGACAACAGCCCACGGACUCAAAGCUGAAGCGGAGCCGGGAAAACCUCCAGGCACCAAUGUUAGCUUCAAGUGGAGGCCUUUGAAAGGAACGUCUUCUCUGCAGAACGUCAACACAGCUUUGCUGGAAGCCAAACACAUGCUAGUGCAGCAGAGCCCCUCGUCAAACACGCAGGGAGUGAGGAUGGAGAUCAAGAGCACCAGCCGGGUGCGACCCGGUUCGCUCUUCGACGAAGUCCGCAAGACUGUGCGGCUCAACCGGAGGCCGAGGAACCAGGAGAGCUCCGGCGAGGACAGCUCCCCUUCUGUGGGAAUAACCGGGGAUGACUCCCUGAGGACGUCCAGGUCGGUCACCCGGCGAUCUCGCUCCGCUUCCAGCCAGCGCUCCCGCACAAGAGACUGGUCGCACUCCUACAGCAGGUCCAGGAGUCGAUCGCGAAGCUCCAGCUACUGCUCCAGGGAUCGCAGCAGGAGUCGAAGGAGACACGGCAGGGGACGCUCCCGCAGCAGCACAUACAGAAGUUACAGAAGUCACAGUCGGACGUACAGUAGGAGUCACUCCAGGAGUCGCUCCUAUUAUCACCGCAGCAGACGAUCCAGGUCCGAGUCCUCCGACAGCUAUUCCAGUCGUAGUCGCAGCGCGAGCAGGCGUCGAGGGCGGCGCCGGAGCAAAAGCUACAGGAGUUCGGACCGCAGAUCUCGGUCCUCACGCUCCUCCACUCGCAGUUCUUCACGUCGCAGUCACAGCAGUCGUUACAGCUGAGACUUGUCAGGUGGACUCUCUCUCUCUCUCUCUCUCUCUCUCUCUCUCUCUCUCUCUCUCUCUCUCUCUCUCUCUCUCUCUCUCUCUCUCUCUCUCUCUCUCUCUCUCUCUCUCUAUCUCUCUCUCUCUAUCUCUCUCUCUCUCUCUCUGUGUUACAGGCCAGUUACUGAAGAAAGUAUUGUAUUUGGCAUGUUAUAUGAAUGUCCUCUAUUGUGGAAGAAGUUACUGUACAUAGAUCACAAGAUGGAUGAAGGCUGCUGCAAACAUUUCAAGGACACAUUUUCUGUCACCUUGUUGCAUUUAUUAGAAUGUUCAUUAUGUAAAUAUUGUUAUUUUUUUAAUGAUGUGUGUAUUUGUUGUGGUUCACAUGACUAAACUGUAAUUUUGCAGUAUAAUGUUGCUAUUUUUGUUGUUUUUUUAUAAAUAUCUUUUUGUGUUAGGAUACUGUACAAUGAAUGUUUGAACUGUGACUAUGAAUGAUGUUCAAUAAAAACAACUUCCUCUAAGAAGAA